AUGGUACCAGUUUUAAUAUUGUUAGUUGAUUCACAUCCAUUUGAUACAACGUCAAAAGGUUUUAGUAGCCUUAGAUGGAGGUAUGGAAAUUUCAGGGCUCAGGACUUGACCGGUGUAUUUCAAAUUCGCUUGGCAUUAUCCUAUAUUCAAGAUAAUCUUGGUGAUGGAAGACGAGCGCAAUAUCAAGUAGAUUUAGAUGGUCAAGACGGAUUGCUUCGAGUAAGAACUUCUUCACGAUACAGAGACGGCGUAAGACAUCAAUUAUUAUGGAUCGCCUUUACUAACGAGUCCGUUGAAGAUGAUGAAAAUGCUGUUGUUGGAUACUACUGUACUUGUCAAGUCGAAGUAAGAACACUAGGUACAUGCUCUCAUAUUGCAACUGUGGCCUGGUUUCUGGGGUAUGCGAGACACCAGGAAAACGUCAAGUAUCCACCUACAGUACUAUUAGAUCGCGUCCGCGAUGCCAGAGCAAAUGCCAAUAAUCACUUUAAAAUCGAAGUAGUUGAGAUGGACUAG